UUCAAGUAUGUCUGGAUGAGUUAUUAAAAAGUCUUCUAUUUCUUUCGGGAAUAUGUUUUCACCUCCCCUGAUGAUCAUUUCUUUCAGCCUACCGACGACUCUUCCGUACCCAUUUUCUUCAAUAACAAAUUGGUCCCUAAUAUACAUAUGUUUAUAAUAUAAUAAUCACACAAAAAAUCACUCUGGGAACGACCCAGUCGAUGGAAACCUAAAGGAAGCAAUAUAAGACGUUGCAGCUCAGUGAACAGCGGUUAUUUAUGAUUUAAGUUUUUACAAACAAAAAGAAGGCUACUUUAUUAAUUUGUUACCCUACCUCCUGGAAAUACAACCCUACAACCAACCAUUGUAAUUAAGAUAAAGCCUUCUCUGGGUAUCGUAAAGAUUUAUUUGUACGUUGUUUUGUUUUGAUAAAAUAUUUUUCCUGUUUCUCGGGAAUCCUGAUGAAACUUCUAUUCAUUGGCGCAAUUUGGAAUGAUAACAAUAAAGAGUGACUGUUCACUGAGAUACUACAUAUUUGGUUGCUCCCUUCACCUUUCCAUCAAUCUAUAACAUAGUGAUAGAUUUAUCAAUAACCCCGAUACUGUCCGUUGAUUUAUAUAAUAAAACGUACAGUGUGUUCACAUUAAGGACUUAUCACCCUAUUCAAAUCUUAAUUUUUUUCUACUUCUACUCUUACAGACUCCAACUUCAAGAAGUGCUAUUACGGAUUAUUCCAAAAAAAAGCUGAUGGCGGAUUCUUAGAGAACACCUAUAAUCUACGGUCAUGGCUCAAGUAAUUCCUACGAAAGAACAGCUAAAGAAAAGUUCGAGAGUAAAUUUUACUCAAACGGAUCCUGGGACAAAGGAUGAAGUAAUCUAUAAGCUUUUUACCAAAGAUAACCUCCGAAAACCAAUAUUAGUAAACGACGAAACCAUAAUUAACCACAUUAAGGACAAACAUAUACCAAUGGUACUAUUAAUACAUGGAUGGACGACGGACGACACUUCGCCUUGGUACGAUCCUCUCCGAGACGCGUACCUAGAGAGCGGACCCCACAACAUCAUUUAUAUAAAUUGGUCUAGAGCUGGCAAUCUAACGUAUGCGAUUUCUUGUGCAAAUGUGAUACCAGUGGGCCAAUACAUCGCCAAGUUUCUAACAGUUACUGGAGUGGAUGCAAAAAGAAUACACUUGAUAGGUCACUCACUGGGAUCCCAACUAUCAUCUUAUAUAGCAAAGGCGUAUUUGCAAUGGACCGGCUUGAAAAUCGGUCGUAUUACGGCAGUAGAUCCCGCAGGGCCCAAAUGGGAGCGUACGGAUGUUCGAAAAGACGAACGACUUAGCGAAGACGAUGCUGAGUUUGUGGACAUAACUCACACAGACGUGAGCUAUUACGGCUACGCGGCACCUAUCGGUCACGUUGACUUCUACCCCAAUGGUGGAGUACAACAACCGGGGUGUCCUGACGAAGAACAGAAAGAAAACUGCAAUCAUCAUCGAUCCACUUGGUUAUUCUUAGAGUCUGUGCGCACCACAGUGGAGGCUCGUGAGGCCGAAUACCUAGAUGAAGGCAACUAUAACGUCACGAUUAAUGUAAAACCAAAAGGCAAGGUAGUGACUUACGGACAGCACGUGGAUCAAAAAGCCAAAGGCAUUUUUUAUUUUGAAACGAAUGGUCGAAAACCCUUUUUAAAGACAUUACGAUAAAUACAUCCCUCCC